AUGUUCCGUGCUACUAGCUCUCGCAUGGCUGGCUUCGUGUUCCGUGAGAACCGUGUGCCCUACUACCAGCGUCUCUUCCAGAACCACGAUGGCAAGCGCCAAUGGUGGAAGACCUCCCGCUCCGGUUACAUCAUGUACCCCUACCUCAUCUCGGUCUACGGCCUCGGUGCUGCUACCACCUACGCCAUGUGCCGCAUGGUUCUCGGCCACAAGACUUGGAUCUAA